GUUCAGUGCUGUAAACUUGCAUGGAACUUUGCAUGGUCAUACUCAUAGCUAGUUAUGAGGUCACUGAUGUUCGGAUUUCGGUCAAUAUUUGAAAUUAAAUGUAACGUUCUAUUUAAUAUUACCCUGAAAUACUGCGGAAUGACCCAUAUGGAAAAUGUAUAUAAUAUAUUGUCUAAUGGCACUUCUUUGUAAAAAUUCCUGAAUAUUGCUACCACUUUGGGAAAAAAUGCAUGUUUACUGGUUAACUUGCAUGCCUGAUGGACCAGUAUUUUAACCAGAUGUUUUGUAAAAGAUAAUGUGGUUUGUGGAAGAUGCAGUUCUUAAGGAAGCUGAUGAAGAGGAAUGUCUGGUAUUACAAAAACAUCAGGCAGAUCUUCUGUUUUUCCAGAACUGUUACAGUGAAGCAGCAGAAGCUUAUAGAAAAUGUUUGGAUUUGGUUCAAGCUGAUAACUUAACACUGUACCGUGACUGUGUGGAAGGCUUGGCUCGUUGUUUGAUUUCUCUAAAACAGUUUAAUGAAGCCACACUUCUUGCCAAAAAACUAUUUGAAAGUUCAACCAAUAUAGAUCAGAAAGUUGUUAGCAACAGUCUAUUGGGUGUGUUAUAUCAGUCCACCAAUAAAUAUUCAGAAGAACUGGAAGUUUUACAACAGUGCAUUCAGACUCAUCCUUGGCAUGUAGAUUUUUGGUUACGUCUUGGAUUGUGUUAUGCCAGGUUGAGCAGUCUGGAAAUGCAAGUAGAAACAAUUAGUGAGAGCUUACAGAGUAAUACAAAGGAAAGCUUUCAUUCAAAACAGAACAGUUGGAAAGAUAUGAUGCAAGAUCAAAAACAUUCAGAACUUCAGAACACUUCUGAAAAUAGUCAUACAGAGCCGUCAUUUUUAAAUGCAGAAAAUAAUUUAGUCAAACAUUAUUUAAGUCUCAGGCAUAAGGAUGCAAGUUAUGUUGUAGACCAACAAAAGGCAAGUUCUUCAUGUCAAACAUUAGAAGAUAAUCUGACAUUCCAUCCGUUAUACUGUAGUGGUAGUAAGAGCAGCACUCAGUGUGUUCCGAAGGCUAGUUCUAGAUGCAAGAGGGAAUAUUUGUUUGUAUACAUAUGUCUUUUGAGAGCCAGGUUCCUUCUUCAAGGCUGUAUGGCUGGUUGUCAUUCUUUUGUGUUAUUGAAGAAAAAAGAACAAGAAAAGAAGAUUAAUCAGCUUCUAAGAUAUUUGAAUGUCAGUAGAAAGUUUGAAGAUUUAGCUACACAGGUAAUUAGUCGAGAAAUGUUCCCUCAUGACUUGCAGGUUGAACCAAGAAAGGAGCAGUAUUUCACAAAUGAUUUGGAGAGGACCACAGAAUCCAUGAAAGUCCAAAACCAAUUUGAAGAUCAGUGGUUUGGCUGGAUUUCUGACUAUCAGUGUGAAAAUAUAUUACAACACAAAUCAUCUGAUGACUGAUUCUGCCACAACUUAUCUACAAAGUUCCAUAUCUCCUGUUAGGAUGGUAUGAAAUCUGCUGCUGUUUAAGGGCGAGAAGAUGGGAUUAUAAUUUAUUUACAGAUAGUUACCCAACUUAGCCUGAGGGAAGACAGUUGAAUUACUUUUGCAGCAGUAGCAUUGCAUACUAAUGCUGCAGUUUCAUUAUUUACUGUAAACUAAAAAAUGACAGCUAUACAAUGGUUUCUCUCCUGGGAUUAUAGCAAGCAGGCUUUUAAGGCUACCCUUACAAUAUUUAAGGCCUGUAUAUUGGUACUGUAAAUUUGAUAAAAAUAAUGAAACUAAUGUAGGUAACAUUUUAGACUUCAUGCACCUAGAUAAUGAUUAAUUGAAUUAGUUGUAAAGCUGUGAAGAAUUUUAGAAGUAAUUUAAUGUUUGUCUUACAGGUAAUAAUUAGGUAUACACUUGGUAAAACAAAACAUAAUUUCAGCUGGCUUGAAAAGAAGGACAAUAAUUGACCGUGGUGUAAAAAAAAACUAACAUCAGAAGGUACUGGAUAUUGUUUUAUUUGAUGCUGGACUAAAACAGCUAAUCAUGUUAAUGGACAGAAACACAUAGACAAUGCUAAAAUCAAACCUAGCAAAUCACAGAAGAUUUUGUGUUUUUAGGUGGAGAAAGUAGUAGUAAAGCUAAUGGAGACAUUAAGACAAUGACAAAGCCAACAGUAGCCUCAUGUAAAAAAUAAAUGCAAUGAGUUAGUUUCAUGAUUUUUAAAAGUUGCUUGCUGUUUGUGGAUAUUUCUAUAGUUCUUGAGAUGGACCACCGAAUCAUUUCAAAAAAGUUUUCUGUUUGAAUUUCAAAGUACUUGACAAUGAGUAAAGGCAAGAUUUCUAAUAGGAUUUCUGAUGGGCUUGGUUCCAUACUUUAGGAAACAAAUUAAGAAGUUUGUUAAAAGUAAAAACAACAUAUACCAAAAGUGCAGUUACUGUGAAGUUUUAAAAGGCUUUUAUGUUUAGACUUGCUAAAGGAAAUGAUGUUGGUGAAGCAUUAAUCGACAAAAGAAGGAUAUGCACUGCCUCUUUCUUAACGUAUAUCAUUGGGAAAUGAUGGUCCUAAUAUUGAUAAAAGAGGUUGGAAUUAUGUUCACAGUUAGUUGAAAGAAUCAGGAUUUCCAGAAUUUACAGACUUUAUUCCAUGUACAAUACAUGUAGUUUAUAAUAUCUUCAGAAAAGGCCUGUGUAUAUUUGUUGAAGAGACAGAGCAGUUAACUGUAGAUGUAUUCUGUUGCUUAGAUCCCACAAGGAGGAUUUUAAGGAUACUUUAUCUAAAUUAAGAUUGGAAGAAGCUAUGCUUAUAAGACAUGAUCAGUGCAAAUAGCUCAUCCUUCUUCCUGUGCUGAAGAAAAUUGAACUACAGUUCAAUAUUUACUGAAAGAUUUGCCAACUAGAGCAAGAAAUGAAAAAACUGAAGAGCUUCUAAUGAAAAAUUGAAUAGUACAACAAAAUCUGUGAAAAGUUGAAACAGCAGUCAACAUCAAGAACCUUUGAUUCAUCUUCUAUAUGAUAAGCAAUAUAAUGAAGAAAAUCAUUAGAUAAAAAAGGCAGAUGUGAUUGGGAAUUCGCAUGGGAAGAUGCUCCUGAAAAUUGAUGUUACAAAGCCAGAAAACUGUUUGGGAAAGGACAUUGAAAUUGGUGUUGAAUGCCAUAAAAAAAUUCUAAACUAGAAACUACUACAGUAAAAAGCAUUGAGACUAGAAAUGAGAAGGUUCCUGCAGGAAAUGUCAAUAUAGUUUUGUAAGAACCUGCCACUGGAUAAACCUAUAAUCAGAAAUUCCCAGUUGUGGCAUCCAGAACUGAGAGAACAUGAGAUGGUAGAAAGAUGUGUCAGGAAAGUGUAUGAAUCAUUAAAAGAGGUGAAGUCCAUUUUGUCAAAUGUGUGUGGAAAGUCCUUCAUGAGUGAACAUAUUCCAAAGGAAUGGACAACUAAUUAGAACUGACAGAUAGUGGAACAGUGUCGUACAGAGCAAAAGUUUAACUAGUAUGUUCAUUUGGGAAAUUUUGUCAAAACCACUCUUUGUAUAGUUCAUGGAAAUGCAGAUGUUGAAAGAAGUCCUUUAACGAACAAGAAAGUCCUAACAGAAGAAAGAAUGCCAAUAUGUUGUACAGUGGAAAAAUCUCUGAUGUUCCUAUAACCCAAAGUUUACCCAAAAAAAUCUCACACUAAAUAUAGAAACCAUAAUGGACAGCAAAAAUCUGGUGUGGAACUCCUAAAGAAACAAAAACAAGAAAGUAAGGAGAAGCUAGAAAGAAAGAGGAAACUAAUAAAGAAAAAUUAGAAGAAAAAAGCUUUCAGAGAAAGAAUAGAGGUAAAAAAAGAAUAAGAUAGUUCCAAGAUCAGCUGCAGAAUGUCACUCAAGCAUUUGAAGAUUUUGUGUAAUAAAAUACAUUUAAAGCUUUCAUUUAACACAUGACAGUGAUGUUGUUGCUGGUGGAGGUACUUGGUAAUUGAAUUUCAGGGCACACACAUAUAUGUAUGCCAGUAUCUUAAACUUGUUUGCUAAUAACUACACAUAUUUCUUUAUAAGUCAUCGAAUUAGUGUUUACCUAGGCCUGGUAUAGUCUGAUGGUUAGGGUGCUCGACUCACAAUCUGCAGGUCACAGUUUGAAUCCCAAUCACCGAAUGUGCUCACCAUUUAGGGUUGAUGUCAGGGCUAGCCACCUGAAGGUAAAAUGUCUUGGCUGAUAUACAAACUCCCAAGUGGCUGACUCUAAACUAGAUGGGAUUAUAGUCGAACGAAGAAGAAGAGAUUAGUGUUUUACCACCUGUAUUAUCAUUUCUGCUACACUUAUGCAUAUCAAAUAAUAUCAUUGAGAUGCUAAUCUAUUUGCUUGAAACAUUUUCAGUCUGAUUAAAUUCUUAAAUAAAAUAUACAUGUUAAUUAUCAGCUUUAGUUCUAGUUAAUAUCACGCAUUCUUUACUAGGCUAAUGGCCACAUGAUUAUAGCUUUUGUUAUAUUCUAUCACAGUGUUUUAUAAUAAUUGAUACACAUGUAUGAUCGUGUCGUUAUACGGAUGUGGUUGUUACCUAGUUAAUAUUUUAAAUUUGAAAGAUGCAUUUUUUUAUUUUACUCUUACUAUACUGUAAAAAUUAUUAGAAAAUUAAAAUGCAUUGUAAUUUCAUUGUAGAUGUACAUAAAGCCAAAUAAUUGUUUUUGUGUAUUUCAUUGAAAUUCAUUAGAUGUAAACCAACAGAAAUUUCAUUGUAAUGUUUUGCCAAUUUCUCAGUCUUUAAGAUGUAUAUAAGGUACUUGGGCUCAUACAUGUUAAUAAUUAUAAUUAGUUGAUUAAAUUUGCUUUGGUUUACAUCUUGGUAAAAGUCUGACAUUUUAUUUUAUCUGCAUAUGUUAAUGUUCUAAGCUAAAUGUUUUUUUUUUCUCGAGUGAUGUUCAAAUGUAAAAGAAUAAUAUUAAAAAUAAAUUUCAGGUUUGUUCUUGUAGUCUGUUACAAAGAUUGUUUUCAUGGAAAAAGAAGCAGUCUAGAUUCAACAAGAACAAUGUGUGAGUAGGGAUAUGAUUUUAUUCCAGAAUCACAAGUGUUUCUUUACCCUAAUUUCUCAAAGGGGAGCCACAAGUUUUAAACUUUGUGCCAUAAUUGGUGUGCUAAUUUCACUCUGUUUUUGCACUACCUUACCUCUUAGUUUGUAAUGAAUAGUGAAAAUAAAGUUGACUGUCUGUAGGAGAUAAAAGUCUCUAGUCUGUUAUUUGUAAUGGUAGUGUUAAAAUUGAAA